CAAAGAAGUUUUUUGUUUGUUUGUUUACGUUUAUGUUGUGAGUUUAUUGGGAACUAAAAAUUGUGUGUUUUUGCGUUUGUGGGCUCUAUGCCUACAUCCCUAUCCCCAUUAAUGAUGUUUCCCUAGACUUUCAAUCAUUUUCUAUUUACACAAACUUAUUCCCUACUUCAACGACUUCGAAUUUUACAUUUUACAAAAUUCAUACCAUGGAGAAUAACUCAACACACAUAGAAGAGAUUCCACAUCCUCCACCUCGAAAAUGGAAACAUAUUCUCCGACAAAAUUCAGAGAGAAUUGGUGCAUUUGCUGAAGAUGCUGUGUUGCCGAUGAACCAGCGAAGCACUCAUAACAUUGUUUCUGGACGUGACAUUGAGUUGGACGAUGUUAGAUGUGCGCGCAAAAGGAUACCGGUAAAGAUCAAACCGAGAUACUUUCCAUUCUUUAUGAUCGUAAUCUCCGUCAUACAGGUGGGAAUUAUGUACCUAUCGGACCACGAAAAGGUGACUUUACUAUUCGGCUACGAUCCCCAUCGUCGGCAUGAAGUGUGGCGCUAUUUUACCGAUGCUUUUGUACAUACUGGACUGUCCCAUCUGUGGUCCAAUAUGCUGCUACAGAUGAUAUUGGGUGUUCUACUGGAAAUCGUACAUCAUUGCAAGCGCGUCGCAUUAAUCUACUUUGCAUCCGUGUUUGGUGGUUCGUUAUUCGUGACGAUUUUAAGCCCUGGAACGUAUGUAAUCGGCGCAUCGGCUGGCAUUUAUGGCUUGAUGUUUUCACAUUUGUCGACGAUUAUAUUGAAUUGGAAUGAAAUGGAUCGGAAAGUUUGCCGACUGUUCUGGCUGAUACUGUAUAUUGUGGUGAACUUUUCGCUGGGACUAGUAGACACGAAUAACAGCCUUGCUGGUCAUUUUGGUGGUGCUGUAACUGGAUUUUUGGUCUCGAUCUUGGCGUUGAAAAAUUUCGAAAAACAUCCAUGGGAGAAGAAAAUGCAAAAAAUAUGUUUGACCGUGCUGAUUGCCCUGUUCGUUGUUAUUGUCGUAAUCAAUGUGACCGCAUCGGGACUGUAUCUGCCAACGGAAUGGAAUUUCAAUUACACUGCAACGUAUGAAGAUUUCGUUGUUAAUUUGGUUGUUGUUAGUGCCGAGGGAUCUACCGUAUAUAAGCAGUGUCAACAAGACUUCAGAUGCAUGAUGUUGUUGCAUCAACGAAAUAUAUCUGUGACGUAACGACAGGAAAGUUGUGGAAAUUUUUAACUAAUAUGCUCAGGGUAAUGGAGGAACUGAUAAUACCAUAAAGUGCCACUAAUAUUGUUAAUAAACGUGCUUAAAAAGCCUAAACUU